CCCCCCCCCCCCGGGGCGCGGAGCCGAGCGAUGAGGGUGCCCAAAUGGGCUCCGCUCCCCGGGGCACUCCUGGGCCCCCGGCGGGUGGGACCGGCCCCGGGGGUGCGCGGGGUGGGGGUGCACCCCGCUUCUCCCCCCCGCUGCCGACCGGCACCCGGUGCCCCGCAGAGCUGCCGACGGAGGAUGACAUUUACUGCCGGUGCCUCUCCAAGACGCUGUGUCACACGUCCACCCCCGUCACCGUGGGCUUCUACGCGCCCUGCGGCCGGCGCGUCUUCUCGCUGCUCGACAAGCUCAAGGGCUUCAUGCAAGAGGAGACGGCGCGGCGCGAGGAAGCCGAGGUGCGGAAGAGCCACCAGAAGCCGCGCAGCCCCGAGGGCUGGGGGCUGCUGCAGCUCCUGUGGUACCUGGCUUUCUACAAGCCGGUGAUCACCGAAGUCCACCUGCGGAGGAAGAACAUCGAGUUCAUCUUCAUCCGCUUCAGCGCCUGGCAGUUCGCGGGCUGCGACAAGCUCUGGGCCGGGCUGGUGACCACCCUCUGCGACAGCAUCCGCCACCACUUCGGGGCUCUGCCGCUGAGCUGCUACCACGUCAUGGGCAGCCGGCCCCGCUUCGCCUCCGGCUUCAGCCAGCGGGAGUGGGUCCUCAAGAGGAACACGUGCCUCAAGCUCUGGGGGAUGCUCCUCGUGCUGAGCGCCGGCCUCGCCGUGCUCUUGGUGGCCCUGCUGGUGCCCGGCGUCAAGGACAACCGCGCGCUGAAGGUGGUCGGCAGCACCAUCGCCUCGCUGUCGGGCUCCAGCCUGGUGCUGGGCGCCGUCUCCAUCGUCAAGAACCUGCUGGUCAGCGAGAAGAGGAAGAUCGAGCGGCUGACCAGCAGCGACAAGUUCACCACCCAGCUGGGCUUCAUGAGCAAGGUGCGCAACGAGAUCGAGGCGCUCGUCGACUUCCUGGCCUUCAUGGAGAUCUUCGAGCGGCGGCGGCUCCGCGUCGUGCUGGAGAUCACCAGCCUGGACGUCUGCUACCCGGAGAAGGUGGCCGGGGUGCUCAACGCCAUGAACACGCUGCUCUCGGACGCCAACAGCCCCUUCAUCUUCAUCCUGGUCGUGGACCCCAGCGUGAUCGUGCCGUGCCUGGAGCAGACGAGCUGCAUGAAGGGCCUGGCCGACAGCGGCUACCUCUACCUCAACCGCACAGUGACGCUGCCCUUCUCCAUCCCGGAGAUGGGCUCCCGGUCCAAGCUGCAGUGCCUGGAGGAGGCCGUGCAGACGCGCGAGGACCUCCUCUACCGCGUCAUCACCGGGAACUUGGAGAGGAACCGGCGCCGGAGCCGGGCCAAGGGCCGGGCCGAGCCGGCGGCGCCGGGGGAGCGCGGCGGGCGCGAGGCGGACGCCGAGGCCGUGAGCUACAUCCGCGCCGCUUUCCGCUGCCUGCACGACGCCGCCGACCGCCUGCACCGCUACGUGCCCUGCAGCAGCGUCCAGGUGCGCCGCAUCGUCAACACCAUCCCCAUCACCCUGCGGCUGCUGCUGCACCACGGCGGGCCGCGGCCGGACCUCUCGCCCCGCGCCGCCGCGGCCUGGGUGGUGCUGGCGAACCAGUGGCCGUGCCGCCUGAGCUGGGCCCUGCAGUGCCUGGAGGACGCCGGGCAGCAGAGCCGGCCGCCGGCCGCCCUGGGCUCCCGCAGCCUGUGGAGCAUCUUCCAGGAGCACCGGCGGGAGCUGUGCGCCGCCCGCGCCGCCCUGCGCAACGUGCUCUGCCUGGACGGCGACGCCGAGCUCUUCGAGACCUUCCUGGCGCGCGACUUCCCCUUCUCGGCCGCCGAGGCCGGGCGCCUGCUCCGCUGCACCGUCAACCUGGACCGCUCCAUCCGCCGCGCCAUGGGGCUGCAGCGCGGCCUCGACCGCCUGGCCCGGGCCGCCGCCGCCGCCGCCGCCGUCUCCCGCGGCGUGCAGUGCCCCCCGGCCGAGUGACGCCGGCGAGCGGAGGCUGCAACGGGGAGAAAACGGGGAAGACGCUCGGAACGGGGCCGCGGCGGCGGCUCCCAGUGCUCCCAGCGCUCCCAGUGCGCCCCGGCGGCCCCCGCCCGGAUGCCGCCGCCUCCCCGAGGCGGAUGCGGCGUUUGGCGGGUUUUGCCCCCCAAAACGGGGUUUCGACGCGGCGGGACCCCCUCGUUGGGGCUGCGAUGGCGCCCGAGGAAGACUCCGGUGCGGCGCCUUCGGCCUCGGUGGCGCUUCCGGCUCCCGCUCCGGCUGCAGGGGGGAACUGGGAAGGACUGGGAGAGACUGGGAAGGACUGGGAGGAGGCGAGG